AUGGCAUCAAGUGGUAGUCACGUCCAGCCAAUUUCAAGCCUUCCCGGUAUUGAACGCCUCAUCGGUCGAGAAAAUUGGGCCACCUGGAAGUUUGCCGUUCAAACGUAUCUGGAGCUCGAAGACUUAUGGUGUGCGGUGAAGCCGAAGUUGCAAGCAGACGGUACCUAUGAAGCUGUAGAUGCUGGAAAAGAUAGGAAAGCGCGGGCAAAAAUUAUUCUACUUCUGGACCCGGUAAAUUACAUCCAUGUCCGGGAAGCAGGAACAGCUACCGAAGUUUGGUCAAAGUUGGAGCAAGCUUUCGAGGACACGGGCCUGACCAGACGAGUCGGGCUGCUGCAUAAGCUGAUCAAGACGGAGCUGUCGUCGUGUGAGUCCAUGGCCGAUUAUGUGAAUCAAAUCGUGAUGACGGCACAUCAAUUGGACGGUAUUGGAUUUGCGAUUUCGGACGUGUGGGUUGGAACGUUAUUACUGGCUGGGCUUCCUGACGAGUAUCGUCCCAUGAACAUGGCCCUCGAGAACUCAGGUACGCCAAUUACGGGAGAUGCUAUCAAGACGAAGCUGCUUCAAGAAGUCCAUGUGCCAUCUGUGGAUUCGGCGCUGGUUACAAAAGAAGCAAAACGCAAUGGUAAGCCAGUGAAGAAAUCUGACUACCCCAAAGGUCCAAAGUGCAGAAAAUGCCAUAAGUAUGGACACAUCGCUAAAGAAUGCAGAACUAUAUCAAAAAGCAACGCAUUCUGCACAGUUCUUUCCAUGUUCAAUUCUGCGGACGACGAAUGUUUUUUUGAUUCUGGCGCAAGCGUACACAUGACGCGGAAUCAAGCGUUGCUGGAGAACAUCAAGCAUUCUUCCGGCACAGUUGUAGCAGCAAACGAAGGAAGCAUAAAGGUGAAAGCAACAGGUUCAGCGAUGCUCAAGCCAUAA